UAACCACUUAGCCUUUGCAGUUCAGUCCCUUCGAUACUACGAUGUUUGUUUCACUUGUUCUGCUAUGGCUCUGCCUUUUCUUCAUGAUUCUUCAACUCAGGCCCAAGAGGCCAAAGAACUUUCCACCAGGACCGCCUGCUCUGCCCAUACUGGGGAACAUUUUGCACCUGAGAAUCCAAAAUCCCCUGGAAGACUUUGAGAGGCUGAGGAAGUCUUAUGGAAAUGUCUACAGUCUGUUCAUCGGUCCUAAUCUAGCUGUCGUCAUCAAUGGGGUGAAGGCCAUGAAGGAGGCUAUAGUGACCAAGGCGACUGAUUUUGCUGGACGACCUCAAGACCUGUUUAUCAAUGAUGUCACCCACAGGAAAGGAGUGAUUCUGGUCGAUUAUGGAACAAGUUGGAGGGAGCAUCGUCGCUUUGCUCUGAUGACUUUAAGAAACUUUGGUCUGGGGAAGAAAUCAAUGGAGGAGAGAAUUCAUGAUGAGAUUCAAUACAUCAUUAAAACACUGGAUAAGAGCAUUGGCAAAGCUCUGAGUCCACAAGUGAUGUUUCAUAAUGCCGCCUCCAACGUCAUCUGCCAAGUUCUUUUUGGUACACGCUUCGAGUAUGACGAUGACUUUAUCAGAGUGACUGUUCGGUGCUUCACUGAGAUUUCUAAAAUAACCAAUGGACCAUGGGCGAUGCUCUAUGAUUCCUUUUCCUUUAUUCGUAACCUGCCACUACCCUUCAACAAGGCCUUCAGGAAUGUUGAGACUAUGAAAAACCUUUUAAUUUGUUUGGUGAAUGAGCACAAGAAGAGCAGAGUCCCAGGAGAGCCACGGCACUUUGUGGACUGCUAUCUGGAUGAACUGGAAAAGAGAUCCGAUGAUCCUUCAUUUUCAGAAGAUCAACUCAUUAUGUAUGCUCUAGAUCUUCACUUUGCUGGGACUGACACGACCUCCAACACCCUGUUAACUGGUUUUCUUUACCUUAUGAACCACCCACACAUUCAAGAGCGAUGUCAGCAAGAGAUUGACAAGGUAUUGGAGGGAAAGAAUCGGGCCUGUUUUGAGGACAGACACAACAUGCCCUACAUGCAGGCUGUGAUCCAUGAGGUGCAGAGGAUUGCCAACACUGUUCCACUCAGCGUCUUCCACCGUACAACUAAAGACACAGAGCUCAUGGGAUAUUCUCUUCCAAAGGGUACAAUAAUCAUCCAGAACAUGAGCUCAGUUCUGGGGGAGGAGGGUCAGUGGAAAUACCCUCAUGAAUUUAAUCCUGAUAACUUCCUCAAUGACCAGGGAGAGUUUGUUAAACCAGAGGCCUUCAUGCCUUUCUCUGCAGGUCCUCGGAUGUGUCUUGGAGAAGGUCUGGCUCGUAUGGAGCUCUUCCUCAUCAUGGUGACUCUGUUGAGGAAGUUUAAGUUCUUCUGGCCUGAAGAUGCAGGAGAACCUGACUUCACUCCACUUUAUGGGAUCACUUUGUCUCCCAGACCUUAUCGCAUGAAGGUCCAACUCAGAUUAUCCCAGUGAAGUUGUCUCAAGACACUCAGCAGAAACAGUGCAGACUGACUCAGAUGUACAAAAUUUUAAAGGAAAUCAGUAGAUUGAGGAUAGUUAGCUAGAAGGACAUUGUCCACUUAUGGGCAUGUGGUGACAUUUUUCGCUUAAACAAUUACUCCAUUAAGCUAUUAAUGUACAUACUAUAUUGUACCAUACUGCAUAUUAUAUCAAAUAAAGGAAAGGAAUCCUACAAUUUAUAUAUUUUCGUGAAACAAGAUACAGUUGGAACAAACUUCUUAAAAGAUAUGUGUGUUGUCAAGGGGAGUCGUCAAAGAUACAACCAAAAGUUUCUCAGAAGUUUGUAGAUGCCUAACAAAAACUGAGUGUAUCUCUCAUUGUUUCAAGCUGCAUUUGAUAGAAGGACUUAAAGAUUUUAUUAUAUAUUUAUGGUAAUUGCAGGAUGUACAAUCUGCUAUUUCUGCUCUCUUCACAAUGAGAAAAAACAAGUUACCUUGACUAACCAUUAAAGUCCAUUCAGCAUUAAUCUUCAAUAAGGGUGGCCUAAUGAGGUCCAUCCAUCACUUGAUCCUCAUUAGGGUCGCAGGUGGGCUGGAGUCUGUCCCAGCUGACUUAGGGUGAAGGCACGGGAAACGCUGGACAGGUUGCCAGUCUAUCACAUAGAGACAAACAAGCACACUCACAUUCACACUGUUGAAGAAAUUUCCUCAAAGCCCUCAUGGGAAAUCUUUAGUAUUCCGCUAUACGGUGGCCUUACCAAGACAGAGAACUGUCUGUGAAGGUACGCAGAUCCAAACAUUUUCAGAGUAAAAUAUUUUAUAUAGUUGGUCAGACGGUUGGGACGGGAUACGAUGUAAAUACAAAAAUCUCCCACAGUGGUCACUUUGCAUAGAGUCGCUAGAGCUGAUAUAGCUUUGUUCUCAAAAAAGAAGAAAUGAUAUUUACUUCGUAAAAUGCAGAAAUGUGAAGGCAGAACUGAAAUCAGAUUAAUGCAGUCAUAUAAACAAAUUUAUCAGCAUUUGACGUUGUAUUUGCAAAAAAAUACAUUUUGUUGUUAUCAAGA